GUUUGAUGGUGUAUGCAGCUUCGCUUCUUGACUGCUCUGCCAAAAAUUGGGAUUAACUGCAGCCUAACAGGACUCGGUUGUUCCUGCUUCUCGGUUCAUUGCAGAAAAGUGGAGGUCUCGAUUUAGUGGUGGCGCACAUUGUUUCUCGUGAAACCUGAGCAUUUGAAGAAGGAAAGUGAUUCCAGUGGGACCAGACAACCUGCUGCAAACAGAGGCCACGAGGGACCUUUAGAACACCCAGAAAUCUUGGCCUACUUUACGAAUGUCGAGAUGAGAGCCUGGAAAUGGCCUCAUGACACGGAACUCAUUUAAAGAACUCACCUGCUCAUCAUUACUGUUCUGGUAACCUGUUGUGACGAACUCCAAGCAAAGUUCUACAUAUAUACCUGCACAUUUAAAGUACUUCCCUGUGGUCUGGAGGAGAUGGCAGUUAUGAGUUUCAAAAGUUCUCUUGCACUGUUGAUGACAUUGUCUUUCAUUGUCACUUCAUUUACAUUCGUCUACUACACUGUAGUUCCUAAAUCCACAAAUCUGCCAUCAAAACCCAGUAAAAAAGAAAAUGUUGAUAUCAUCUUGACAGAUGGCACUAUCACUCCUGUAAAUAACACAAAAUCGUUUGUAGUCUCAGCUUACUUCGAUCCCCGGGAGAAGCAAAUGAUUGUUGUCAUUGGCAUUUCAUACCGCUACAAUACAGAUAGCCACUACUGUCAUUAUUACUGCAAUGAAACUCUAUUGUCUGUGAAAGCUAAAGUCAUAGUUCAUUCAGACCACUUUGGUUUCCCAUAUGGAACUACAGACUUUCAGUGUGAUCUUCCCUGCAACUGUACACCAGGAUAUGUUUCUAUAAGUGGCACUAACAAAACACAGUCUUUGCAAGAAUUACAGUUUCUCAAAGUUCAUAAUCUACAAGCACAGCAUAAGCAGGAACCAUCAAGCUUUGAAUAUAACUUCACUGUCUGUCUUCCCACCUUAUUUGGAGGAUACCAUAAAGUCUUACAAUUUGUCCAGAGUGUGGAAAUGUACCGGAUUCUGGGAGCACAACAAAUUGUUGUGUACAAGACUAACUGUAGCCUGGAGAUGGAAAACAUACUGGGAUAUUACCAAAAGACAGGUUUUGCAAAAGUAAUUCCUUGGCCAGUUUCAUCAUUUUUUAAUCUUUCCAAGGGAUGGAGAUUUUCUCACCAUCCUGGAGAUCUUCAGUAUUUUGGGCAGAUUGUUCUUUUGAAUGAAUGCUUGUACAGAAAUAUGUAUAACAGCAGGUUUGUUAUUCUGAAUGACAUAGAUGAAAUUAUUGUUCCUGUCAAACACUCUAACUGGCACACCAUGAUUGAGUAUCUUGCUAAGGUAAGGCCAGGUAUAAACAUAUUUCGUGUUGAAAACCAUAUUUUUCCACUAACUGUACAAGAUGAAAAUAAUACUUUUCCUUCAAGUAUUUGGAAUAUAAUUCCAGGAGGGAAGGACUAUGGACCAAAUAUUCUACAACAUGUUUACCGUGAGCCUGAUAGGCCAAAUAUUUACAAUCCCAUGAAGCUCUUUGUAAAUCCCAGGAGUGUAAUAAGGACUUCUGUUCAUUCAGUACUGCAGAAAUAUGGGAAAGAUUCAGUAAUUCCAUUUGACCUUUGUCGAAUAUACCACUUCAGGGGACCACUGCAAGGACGUCUCCCAAAAGAAAAACUAAUCAAGGAUACUUUGCUUUGGAACUAUAGCUCUUUGUUAAUAACAAAUGUAAAUAGUGUGCUAAGUGCUUCAUUUGAAUGACAAAAUACAAAAAGGCAAUGUGUAACAAGAUAAGAAAUUUGUUAGGAAUUCCGUGUUAUACCAUUGUCACUUUUGUCUUGCUGUUGCAUAAGAAAAUAGGUGAAAUAGUGAUAUUGAACAGAAAAACACAACUAAAGUAUGCAUAAUGCUGCAAAACAUAAAGGUCUAUUACAGUUAUCACUUAAAUUCUCAUGUCUAAAAUAUGUGGUGUAACAUGUCAAAAACUGCAACCAGGGUGGCCAGGAUGCUGACAGGCUAGCAAUAUAGUUUUCCUGCUUUGCUACUCUAUUUCUAUUUCUGACAAGAAAUUUUAUUUUUAAAUCCUAAACCAAAUUUUUGAACAAAAUGAGUUGUCUGAUACUACAUAGAAGGAUAUUAUCUAAAAAAAUCUAAAUAUUUAAAUUUUUCCUGUGAAGUUAUUCAUUUGAAGGAUCUGUACCAGUAGUUGUGAAAUUAGUUAUUCAAAGACAAUCUCUCAAGACUUGCCUUUAAAGAAAGAACUCCAAUCUUUUCUUUCUAACAUAUAAGAAUUUUCUUUAAAAAUGGACAGAAUGGAUAACAAACUUGACAGCAUUAAAGAAAAAUGUACCAAACAGAUGGAACAGAUGCCUGAGAUUUUAAAACUCAGAUAUUUGGUAUGAAAGAUGCCCGUAAUGACACAGAAGGCAGUAUUCAAAGAUGAAAACAACAUUGAAUUACUACUUUGACAGAAUACCUUAUUACUAAACAAAACGGAUGACUUGGAGAACAGAUCCAGGAUAAAUAACAUCCAUAUUUUUGGACUGCCUGAAAAAAUAGAAGCAGAAACUAUGGUCAACUUCUUACUGCCUGGAUUUCUAAGACUCUAAAUUUAUCUGAAGCUGUUAUAUGCUAUUGAAAGAGCACAAAGGUCUUUAGUUUCUCCUUCAUCAAAAACUAACUUUUCUCCGAGAUCAGUUAUUGUUAAGUUCAUCUCAUCUCAAGACAAGGAGCUAAUACUUAAAACACCCUGGUCCAAACCUCCUAUUCAAUUGGAUGACAAACUAACAGGAUUUGAUAAUGACUAUUCCAAUGUUGUGAUGACCAAAAGGAAAUGUUUUUUGCCUCUUAUAAAAAAAAAAAAAAAAAAUAAGAAAACACAGAGUUUAAGGUGCAUUUGCUCUUUCUUGUCAGGCUCAAAAUACUCCUUCCAGAUGAAAUUAGACACUUUGAAGACCCAUAUUCUGCACUGUCAUUAAAAUGAAAAAAACUCGACACCAAACCAAAGAUAUAGAAACAAGCAGAAGUAAAUAGCUGGAAAUCCAAGGAGAAGAAAAAGAAACUAAAGUACAAAUGACUCAACUUUAGUAAAAUACUGAUGCUAACUGUUGUAAUAAAAAUGUCUUUUUCAAUGUCAACGUUUACCAAUUCUAUUACUGGAGAUAUAGGCAAAAGGAAGGAGACAAGGAUUUGCUUCUAUAUAAGGGAAAUAAAUCUCACAUUUUCUUUUCCUAUAUGUAUUUCUAAGCUAAUAUUCUAUAUUUUAUUUUCCAUAUUAAAUAUAUUCUUUAGCUUAAUAAGUAUUAAGAAAUGAACUCUUUAACUAAUAAUAAGCUUUCUUUAUAGACACACACACACACACAUAUAUAUAUAUAUAUAUAUAUAUAUAUAUAUAUAUAUAUAUAUAUUGUGGUUUCCAUUCUUCAUGUGUGUGCCACAUAAAUAUAACAUAAUAGCAAGUUGCUCACAGUACAUUAAAUAAUUGUGCUGUGAAUGGACUGAAUGUUUAUGGUAUUUUUAACUUUUAACUCUUAAUUCACAAGCCACGCUUGAUUGGAAUACGUGAGGUGCUCUAUGUAUGAGAUUUGGAUGUGCUUUCUCUAACACAUAUCAGACUGUUAUGCUGUUUAUCAGUCCUUCUUUACUGAUGCAGUGAUAAAAGGGUGGGUGUAUGCAGGGUGUAUGAAGGUUAUUUCUUUUUUCCUAUUUUUCUUUCUUUUUUUUAAUAUUUUUUUCUUUUUCUUUCUUAUAGUGUCUUAUCUGGGAUGUUUGGUGUCAGUUUAUUUGUUGGGGAGGGGUUAGGAGAAGAGAAAUACAGCAGUGAAGACAAUUUCUAUGUUUUAACACUGAGGUUUCACUUUGAAACCUGUCAGUUAUUUUUUCCUCCUCUCCCCUGCUAGGAUAGAUACACAAAAAAGAGAGAAAGAGAUAGUGUACCAAAUAGCUAUUACAAAAAAAAAUAAUAAUAAUACAAUGAUAACAAGAAGUGUUGCAGCAUAGAUUCUUAAAUAGCAGAGAGCAGGUUGGUUUUCACUAUUUAUACAGACAUCUUUUUCAGUGUAACAUGAAUGAAAGUUGUUUACUGACAGUGGUAUCUCCUUCUCACAGAGCAAGUUCUAACAGAAUGUUUCCUUCCCGCCCUUUUCUCUCAGGAGUCAAUUUAUACAGAGUCCUUUCUGUGUGUGUGUGUG